GACCCAAAAACCACAAACCAAAAGAAACCAAACCACACCGUUCUCUCUCUCGCUCUUUCUUCCCUCAUUUCUCUCAUUCGCCAAACCCUAAACGCGAAGACUUUUAAAUCGCAAUCCGAUGCUCUAGUCCGUCGAAUCGCUGCGUGGAUCCGCUGUGGAGUGGAAAGGAAUAAGGAAAUAGAAAUAGAAAUCGAAAGGGUAUGAUACGCAGAUUUAAUGCCGCACUCAGUUAAUCAAACAUAUUUGAUGGACAAUGAUUCCACAGAUGGAUAACAUGUCUGCUCCUUCAUCAAGGGAGCGUGCCCAACGCCUGUAUGACAAGAUUCUUGAGUUGGAGAAUAGGCGACGGAGGUCUGCCCAAGCACGAAUUCCAUCAGAUCCCAAUGCCUGGCAACAGAUGCGUGAGAAUUAUGAAGCAAUAAUUCUUGAGGAUCAUGCUUUUUCUGAGCAGAACAAUAUCGAGUAUGCUUUAUGGCAGUUACAUUACAAGCGUAUUGAGGAAUUGCGAGCACACUUCAGUGCUGCUAUGGCUUCUACAGGUUCAAACACAUCUCAGGGUGUGAAGGGGCCAAUUAGGCCUGAUCGGGUUACAAAAAUAAGACUGCAAUUUAAAACAUUCCUUUCAGAAGCAACUGGAUUUUAUCAUGAUUUAAUAGUAAAGAUCAGAGCAAAGUAUGGGCUUCCUCUGGGUUAUUUCUCUGAAGAUUCUGAAAACCGGACUGUUAUAGACAAGGAUGGAAAGAAAGGUCUAAUUUCAUGCCACAGAUGCUUGAUAUAUUUGGGUGACCUUGCACGCUACAAAGGACUGUACGGGGAAGGGGACUCAAAAACUCGUGAGUAUGCUGCAGCCUCAAGUUACUAUAUGCAAGCUGCAUCUCUCUGGCCAUCCAGUGGGAACCCCCAUCAUCAGCUUGCUAUAUUGGCUUCCUAUUCGGGGGAUGAGUUGGUGGCUGUUUAUCGAUAUUUUCGUAGCCUGGCGGUGGAUAGUCCCUUUUCAACUGCAAGAGAUAACUUGAUUGUUGCAUUUGAGAAGAAUCGUCAGAGUUACUCUCAACUGUCUGGGAAUACUAAUGCUUCUGCAGUCAAAGAGUUGCCUGCACGGUUGGCAGGCAAAGGUAGAGGGAAAGGGGAAACAAUACCCACAUCUAAAGAUAACAAUACCGAAGUGAGCCUGCUUAACGAAAGAGCAUCCAGUACCCAGGAGACUCAUAAGGCUUUUUGCAUCCGUUUUGUCCGUCUGAAUGGCAUUCUUUUCACUCGUACUAGCCUGGAGACAUUUGCAGAAGUUCUAACUGUGGUAAGCGGUGGCUUAUGUGAGCUUCUGUCUUCUGGAGGAGAAGAGGUGCUGAAUUUUGGUGCAGAUGCUGUUGAAAAUGGACUUUUUAUUGUUAGACUUAUCUCCAUACUGAUAUUCACAGUUCAUAAUGCGAAAAAGGAAAGUGAAGGUCAAACAUAUGCAGAAAUUGUACAACGUGCUGUCCUGCUGCAGAAUGCAUUUACUGCUGUUUUUGAGUUGAUGGGACACAUCUUAGAGAGGUGUGUGCAGUUGUGUGAUCCUUCUUCAAGUUUCCUGUUACCAGGUAUUUUGGUUUUUGUAGAAUGGUUGGCAUGCUGUCCUGAUGUUGCAGCUGGAAGUGAUGCAGACGAAAAACAGUCGUCUGUUAGAUCCAAAUUCUGGAAUGUUUGCAUAUCCUUCUUCAAUAGUCUCUCGUCUACUGGGCCAAUGUUGAUAGAUGAUGAAGAUGAGACUUGCUUUAAUAACAUGAGCAGAUACGAAGAAGGUGAAACUGAAAACCGUCUUGCUCUGUGGGAGGAUUUUGAGUUGAGAGGAUUUAUUCCACUAAUUCCAGCACAAACAAUAUUGGACUUCUCAAGGAAGCAUUCUUUUGGAAGUGAUGGCCAUAAGGAAAAAGGGGCCCGUGUUAAGAGGAUUCUGGCAGCAGGCAAAGCUCUUGCAAAUGUGGUAAAGGUUGACCAGGAAGCAGUAUAUUUUGAUUCGAAGUUAAAGAAAUUUGUCGUCGGUUUUGAGCCUCAAGUGCAAAAUGAUACUGUUCCUACCUCCUAUCUACAUAUGGCUAAUGGAAAUGAUAAUCUGCAAGAAAAUCAAGUAGAGGGUACAAUCAGUUUGGGAGCUGCAUAUCCAAAGCCAGAGUUAUCCAUGGAAGGGGAUGAGGAAGAUGAAGUAAUAGUCUUUAAGCCAAUAGUGACUGAGAAGCGACCUGAUGCAGUAAGCACCGCAUGGACAGCCUAUGACGGCCUAGAGCCUGGUAAAAAUGCUUCUCCAGGUGAUCAAACAGUUAAUGUAACUUAUGGUUCUACCGCUUUGGAUAAUCUACACCAUCAAAAUGCCUUUAGGGCUGAUUUACAAAUACCUGUAUCUUUUGCAAAUGGUAUACCCCAACACUUGCAACCGAUCCAGUUACGUGGUUCCAAGUUUUCAGUGGAUACUGGUUUUGGUGUUGGUUCACAACUACCUGCAUCAAUUACCAAUACUGUCCCCCUGAAUUUGCAACCAGUUCAAUCAAAUUCUUUGAAUCUCGCAAUGGAGGAAGAAAUGUCUCUUGCUAAUAGCUUAAAGAGUAUGGGAUUUAUGGGGAAUGGGCAUGCACUAAAAUCUGAGCCUGUAGCAGUUUCUGGUCCAUACCAGCACCCAGUGAAUGGUAGUACUGGUGGUAUGUUUCACAGCCACACAAAAGCUCCAGAAAAUCUUUUGCCUUAUAAAGUUGAUGCAACUUAUGGAGCAAUUGCUGACGGGUUGACUGUAAAGACAUCAUCAGCUCUGCCUACAGGUAUCCGAAAAAGUCCAGUAAGUCGACCUGUUAGGCACCUUGGUCCACCACCUGGUUUUAGCCGCAUUCCUCCCAAAAAUGCGAAUGAAUCAAUUUAUAGUUCAGAUUCAAUGAGUGAGAGUCUAGUGAUGGAUGAUUACAGCUGGUUGGAUGGAUAUCAGAUGCCAUCUUCAACAAAAGCAAAUGGGCUUAAUGAUUAUGUUAGUUAUUCAUCUCAAUACAAUCCCCAUCGCUUCACAAACAGCAACAGCUUAAGUGGAACAGUGAACUUCCCCUUUCCUGGUAAACAGGGUCCACCCAUUCAACUACCAGGGGAAACCCAGAAAAGCUGGCAAGAUAUCCAGAGGCUUGAUGACCUCAAGCUACACCAUGAAAUGCAGCUGCAGCAACAGCAACAACUUGUAAAUGGAAAUCAGAACUUGAAUCCACAGCCUGAGCAAUAUCAAGGACAGUCUCUCUGGACGGGCCGCCAUUUUGUGUGAAGUCAGUAUGGUUAUAAUGGUUCAUGAGGAUGAUCCUGGUGAAUGUCUGCAUCGCCCUUUGCUACUGAACACAAACUCCAACUUUGAAGCUUUGUCAAUGUUAAAUUCUUGUUGGAGCCUUGGUGGCCUUGGCUUCUAGCUGGCAGUUACAACUACACAGGCAGAUUUUGCCAAAGCUUUCCAGCUCGGAGGAUGAGAGAUAUGGAUUCAUGUUUCGUGUUGCGGAGUUCAUAAGAAGUAACUGCCUUGUCUGGUAACUUGGGGAUGGAUAGAAGGUGUUAAUAAGAUCAUAUGUUGGUUUUGGGGGAUAUGUAUGCAUCCGGCAGCUGGUGGAAUAAAAACGGUUUACUCGCUUGCUUGCUCUCUACUGAAGUGUUGAAGCGUAUAUUGUAGUUGGAUAUCGGUAAUCAUCAGGUGGGAGAUGAUAGUAUGUAACAUGACCUUGCUUUCGGAGAGCUCUGAGUUGUGCACAGGUUAAUGGGAAUGGAUGAUACUAAUAAUGGGCAUGGAUGUGAAUUGGGAUAUGUGGUAGAUACAUACAUAUAAAAUAUUUGCGCUGUCAAGUGUGAGGAGUCUUGUCGGAGUCGUGUCGUGGGUCAGUCGUAAUGUGGUGAAUGGUGUCAUGGUUUCCCAAUUUGGUACUCGAUGUUUUUAUUGAGCUUUUAUAGUAUAACUAAAUAUGGUGAGUGGAGUAUUCUGCCCUCUAUGAAGUCAGGGCUUACUUGAACUUCAUAUAUUUGAAAUAAAAUAAAUUAUGUGAACAA